GGGGAGCCGGAGACGCUUGUUGCUCCUCGCCGCGGAGAAAGAAGCCGCACCGUUACGUCUCGGCAGAGAAGGCCGGGCCGCCCCCUCCAGCUCCGCGCCCCCUGCCCAAACCGACGAGUUUGGGGGACCCCCGGCGUCGCGCGGGUGCCGGGCGGAGGCGGCUGCGGCGUCCCCGCGGCUGGCGGGCCUCGCCCCCGCGACGCAGGCACCCCAGCGGCAGCGCCCUCGGCUCCGCGCCGCCCACGGCCCGGCCCCGGCGCCUGGAGGACUCUCAUGCGCCGGGCGCGGCGGCGCCUCUCCGCAGCCAAGCCUCUCCCAGCCGCCUCGUCUCACUCCCUAGACUGAGAGCGUUGCUGCACUCGGGGCCGGCGAUGCGGGGCUCCGGCGCGGCCGUGUCACGUUCGUCCCCGGGCCUGUGCGCCCUGCUGCUGGCGCUGCUGGGCGCUCUGCCCGCGGGCGCCGGGGCGCAGCCCUACCACGGCGAGAAGGGCAUCUCGGUGCCGGACCACGGCUUCUGCCAGCCCAUCUCCAUCCCGCUGUGCACGGACAUCGCCUACAACCAGACCAUCCUGCCCAACCUGCUGGGCCACACGAACCAAGAGGACGCGGGCCUCGAGGUGCACCAGUUCUACCCGCUGGUGAAGGUGCAGUGCUCGCCUGAGCUGCGCUUCUUUCUGUGUUCCAUGUACGCUCCCGUGUGCACCGUGCUCGACCAGGCCAUCCCGCCGUGCCGCUCUCUGUGCGAGCGUGCUCGCCAGGGCUGCGAGGCGCUCAUGAACAAGUUCGGCUUCCAGUGGCCCGAGCGGCUGCGCUGCGAGAACUUCCCGGUGCACGGCGCCGGCGAGAUCUGCGUGGGCCAGAACACGUCCGACGGCUCCGGGGGCCCGGGCGGCGGCCCCACCGCCUAUCCUACCGCACCCUACCUGCCGGACCUGCCCUUCACCGCGCUGCCCCCAGGGGCUGCGGACGGCAGGGGCCGCUCCUCCUUUCCUUUCUCGUGUCCCCGCCAGCUCAAAGUGCCGCCCUACCUGGGCUACCGCUUCCUGGGUGAGCGCGAUUGUGGCGCCCCGUGCGAGCCGGGCCGUGCCAAUGGCCUCAUGUACUUCAAGGAGGAGGAGAGGCGCUUCGCCCGCCUCUGGGUGGGUGUGUGGUCCGUUCUAUGCUGCGCCUCAACGCUCUUCACCGUGCUCACCUACCUAGUGGACAUGCGACGCUUCAGCUACCCAGAGCGGCCCAUUAUCUUCCUGUCGGGCUGCUACUUCAUGGUGGCCGUGGCGCACGUGGCGGGCUUCUUGCUGGAGGACCGCGCCGUGUGCGUGGAGCGCUUCUCGGAGGAUGGCUACCGCACGGUGGCGCAGGGCACCAAGAAGGAGGGCUGCACCAUCCUCUUCAUGGUGCUCUACUUCUUCGGCAUGGCCAGCUCCAUCUGGUGGGUCAUCCUGUCCCUCACCUGGUUCCUAGCGGCCGGCAUGAAGUGGGGCCACGAGGCCAUCGAGGCCAACUCACAGUACUUCCACUUGGCCGCGUGGGCCGUGCCCGCCAUCAAGACCAUCACCAUCCUGGCCAUGGGACAGGUGGACGGGGACCUGCUCAGCGGGGUGUGUUACGUGGGCCUGUCGAGCGUGGACGCACUGCGGGGCUUUGUGCUGGCGCCGCUCUUUGUCUACCUGUUCAUUGGCACGUCCUUCCUGCUGGCGGGCUUCGUGUCGCUCUUCCGCAUCCGCACCAUCAUGAAGCACGACGGCACCAAGACCGAGAAGCUAGAGAAGCUCAUGGUGCGCAUCGGCGUAUUCAGCGUGCUCUACACCGUGCCCGCCACCAUCGUGCUCGCCUGCUACUUCUAUGAGCAGGCCUUCCGCGAGCACUGGGAGCGCACCUGGCUCCUGCAGACGUGCAAGAGCUACGCCGUGCCCUGCCCGCCCGGCCACUUCCCGCCCAUGAGCCCCGACUUCACGGUCUUCAUGAUCAAGUACCUGAUGACCAUGAUCGUAGGCAUCACCACCGGCUUCUGGAUCUGGUCGGGCAAAACCCUGCAGUCGUGGCGCCGCUUCUACCACAGACUCAGCCACAGCAGCAAGGGGGAGACUGCGGUAUGAGCCCCGGCCCCUCCCCCGCCCGCCUCCCCCGGAGGGGGAGGGAGACUGCUGCUGGGGGCUUGUUUGGGUCACCCCUCGCCCCUAAACCCCCAGCCCAGAGAAGUGACCUGGGUGGGAGUUAUUUACAGAUUUGGGGGAGGGAGUUUGGAGGGGUUGGGGUAGGAGUAGGAGUUGGAAGGGAGACCUAGGUGGAAAGUGGUUUGGACAAAAAAAAAAAAAACACUUGUGGCCAAGACUGAGGAAGACGAUGAUGAUGGCGAUGAGGCCUCUGAUGCUGUGAAUGGUGAACGGUAUGGCCGGCCUGGGCCUCAGCAGACUGACACUAGUAGAGACUUGUGGGGUUCCCGGCUGCGGGCCCAGCGGGGCCCAGGGCUGUCCCCCGCUGCAAGGCAAGUGGCCUGUCCUCACUGCGGUGAGGCCUGGGGGAGAGGCGCAGCCCCCGCCCUGGCCGGCUGCUUUGUUGAGAAGAGGGAGGGCCUCCUGCAGCGUUCUUGUCAGGCGGUGGUCAAACCAUAAUCUCUUUUCACUGGGGCCAAACUG